CUGAGGACCUGACCUCCGACGCCGUGUCAAGUGUCGUCCGAAACGACUUCGGCAAUCAUAGCAUGACUGAACCAGGUACAGAAACUGUACCACCUAGUACCUUCAGGCAAGUUGACGAAGAUGCUGAUAGCUACAUCUCUGGUACAGGUGGGGAAUAUGAACAUGAUGACGAUGAAAAACUAUCUACCCAAAGCGAUGCUGCCUUUGGGAACAGGGAGAGAAUUCAUAUCAGCCCUGGAGAUUUUGAUACAUACGCCAUUGCAUAUACAUGCAAGGCACCCAAUACCCGUAUGAAGAAAAGUGUGGAAGACACGAAAAGCAAACAGAAAACGAAAACAGCGUCCAGCAGCCGAAAUGAUAACGAUAUCCACUUGGCAGAAUGUGGCUCAGUCAAGAAUGAUACUGAUACUUCAGCCUUUAAUGGAAACGAUGGUAAAAUGCGAAUACAUGCCAGGGAUCCAAGUCCGAUGUAUUCACAUAACACUACAAACCCUUAUCCGAUGCACACCAUAAACGAGGUAAACCCCAAUUUGACGUACCUGCAAACCACCGCGGAGGCUUCUAACGCCAACCCAAUGUACCUUCAAAGCGCCGUGGAGCAUUCUUACGCCAGCCCUGGAUCCACCUUCAUGUCAAAUACGAGCGAUGACAUUCCCUGCACCCUGACAUCAGCUGAUAUAUAUCAGCAAGGUGAUGUACACAUUUACCAGUAUAUCCCAGCACGCAACGCAGAUUUAGAAGAUACUCAACCAAAACUCCCCCUGCAGAAUCAAGCAGCAGCAGCUUCAAACAACAUCAAUGAUGCCUCGAGCAACCCGUUGAGCAACGGUGUCCCUGAUGCCUUGAAUCCGAAUCCGACGUACGUCCCAAACGCCCAGAAUCCUUCAGCUUGUGUUGCUCAGAAAUGGCGGGAUGACUACCGUUGUGGAGACGGUUACACUACAGGAGAUGGGAGGACCGCUGAGUGUGACCCUGACAGUACCUGGCCAUGCUGCUCUCCGGCCAAGUGGUGUGGGAACACUGCAGCUCACUGUGACUGUGCGGGCUGUGUCGACUACCGUAACACAGAAAUUGGUGACAGAAAGUUGGAGAAGAUCACCAUUGGAGGAAAGGGAAAAGAACCUAGCAUGACAUAUGCGUACGGAGUCGCCGUGUCUGCUGAUAAUGAGAUAUUUGUGACUGAUACGGCUUAUCCAGCUGGGCGAGUCCACGUCUUCAGCAUGGAUGGAAUCUAUCUCCGCCACUUCCCAACGGUACUGCCGGAUGGAAAAAGCUAUAUAUCGCCUUCUGCUGUUGCUAUUGGCGUAGAGCCCGGCUACCUGUGGGUACUGGGCGGUAAGCCUUUUCUGGGCUACAGUAAGACCGGUCAGGCAAUCAAGAAGUUUGACGUACAGUUCACCUUUCCUUGCUAUGUUCCCGUCAUGGCGAUAGACGUACGCAACAAUAAAACAAUCGUGGGACAUGGAGAUACAGUAAAGAUUUUUAAUCCAAACGGGUAUCUCUAUCGGAGUUUUAAAGUGUUAUCAGCUAAUGAGAGAGGUAAGAUCGGGGGAGUCACAUCGGACAGCGAGGGAAAUAUCCUGCUUACACUUACAGGCGCGUUUAAUAUCGUUAAGAUGUACAUGUACAGUCACUCCGGAGUCAAGAUACUUGAAUUUGACGGACGGGAUAAGGGCGCAACAUAUUUUUCCAGAGGUAUUUGUCUGGGCACCUUCGAAAGGCACAUCAUCGUGGCAAACUAUGUUGAGAACAGGGUGGACAUGUUCACAAGACGCGGGGAGUUUGUCCGUGCCAUCGCGGACAUUAAAAACCCGUCGGGUAUCGCUAUGGGACCAGAUGGAGAGAUGGUGGUUACUUGCGCAUGGGAAUUAUUGGAAUACACUGUAACUAUCUUUCCACGACACAUGGUGCUUCCUUAACCCUCAUACGACCGAUGCACUUUUGCCUUCAGGAUGG